CUCAUUCACACACACGUCUGGGAGGCGACUUGGCAUGCUGUGAGCCCAAAUAACCGAUGACAGUCGAGAAAAGAGCAUUUCUUAUGAAUGAGCGAGUCAGAAGUGACUCGGUCAAGCAUCGCUGGAUUGGUUGGAUCCCUAAAGCCAGACUGGUUACAGAAGCUAGUCACUUCGCAUGCAGACCAUAGACUGUGAUGUGCGAUUAGAAAUUGGGAUCGAGUUCACUGCAGUGUUUGCUCAAAGUAGAACGAUCCAACAGAGAUCUCCGUGCAAGGACAAAAAGCAAAGUCCAGGGGGCCUGUAGGGUGCUGAGCAUGUCUUUUGCGAUGGUGCGACCAACCCCAGGUCAUUUCUUGUGCUCUGAGAUCACCAUGCACUCUGAGGAUGACGACAACGGCAGUGAAGGUUCUGGAUCUGACGACAAGUCCUUCCGAAUGGCCGGCCACGACUACGGCGCAUUUAAGUUGGGCGCUCGCAAAAAGAGGUACGGCUGUCGACCGGUUGCAGCUCCCAGCGAACUCCGUCCUCAGAUCGUCGAGAUACGGCAGAGGAACGCCGCAAACGCCCGAGAGCGGGAUCGCACGAACAGUGUGAACACGGCGUUCACCGCGCUGAGGACGCUUAUACCCACCGAACCGGCGGACAGGAAGCUGUCUAAGAUUGAGACGCUGCGGUUGGCCUCCAGCUACAUCUCGCACCUGGGGAACGUGCUGCUGGUUGGAGAGGAGUGUGGAGACGGCCAGCCUUGUCUCAGGAGCUCGGGAGCCUUGUAUCAUCACCUCCACAACCUUCCAAAGACCUCGACACCCAGCCCGGAUUCAGAAAACUCACAGCCCAGACAGAUCUGCACAUUCUGCCUUGGUAACCAGAGACGGCUGAACAAAGACAGAGAAAGAAAAACUGCAUUAAGAAGUUAAUGAUGAGCAGAAGAGAGUGUUUCCAUCACAUCCAUCUGAAGAAGAGUUGAGCCGGAGCGUACUGAACAUUUAGUGUACUUUUGCUGUAAAUAAGCUGUUAAAUUGAAUGCAACUUUUUAACCAACUUACUGGUGGACAAUGUCAUAAUGGACACUGCAUUCCGCACUUCCAUAUUUAGAAGCCAAAACCUAUGUGAAUUUCAUUUUUGAACCUCUUUUUUGUUUUAUAUAGAGGUGAUAUACUUUUAUAGAAAAGUUCUAGGGAGGAUUUGCAAUUUAAAAAACAAAAAGAAAAAAAAAAUGGAGGAAAAAAAGGACUUGCUUGUUAACCAGCAAAGAACCUGUUUGUGUCCUUUUGGGUUUGUCUGUGAUGCGUAUGUUUUGUAUGCACUACACUGAACUUUAUUUACAAAUGUCGAAACAUGGGCUUUUUUCCUAUCAGAACACAUUACCUACAGUACAAUCGAACUUCAAUGUCAAGGAGUUGCUGGUUAUUCUGUCACGAUUAUUGUU